UUCUUACUUAAUCUGUGAGUUAGCAGCUAACUGGAGAAAAUAUUAAAGCGAAGUUUAAGUAUCAACAUUUACUGUUAAAUUUAGCUAACUUUCAGGUUAAGUUUUGUUCAGAACGAUUUAACAUUAGAUUUUCAAAUUUCGGCCGAAGGAAGUUUGAAAUUUUUUGGACGCAAGCUAUAUAAAAUAUCAGAAAAGUCAUUUUAUGAUUUUCGAUGAUCGAUAGCUGUGUUGAAAUGCUAUCGCAGAUCGUUGCAAUAUCGUCACUGAGCAAGAAAGUCAACGCUAUUGUUUACAAACAAAUUAAAAAUAUUUUUGUUUAAAUAGUUUGCGGUAUAUUAAGGGGUUUUAUUGUUAUCCAUAAACUAUAUCGCAGCUUGUUGAUUUAUUAAUUAUUGUUACAUUGUUGAUUUUAUGAAGACAUUUCAAUGGAAAAGAUAAGCUUGAAGAGAAACAGAUCCGAAGAUGCUCUUUACGGACUCCAAGCAAAAAUGUACAUUAAUGACAAAAUUAUGAACUCGCAUGAUGAUAACAAAAUGAAACAAAUUCAUGACAGGACCACAAAACUGCUGUUUCAGGCGGCACGCUCAUUUAAUAGUAAUCGAACAUCAGAAAAUUCAAAGAAGGCUCAACCGUGGAAAUUAGUUAAUUUAUCUGGUAAUGGUGUCAUUGAAAUGGUAAGAGGCAUUGAAGAUUUAUCUGACGAGUUCCUUUGGGUGAAACGUAAAGCCAAAUGUUGUGAUCGCGAAACCUAUGUACAAAGCGAAUGCUGCAAUUGUCAUAAAGCUUUAUGCGAAGGUUGCGGUUAUUCUUGCAAUGACUGCGGAAUAUUUUUAUGCAAUUUAUGUGUAGAAAUUUUUGGUUGUGGCACCUCCGAUCGUCCUAUUUGCGAGAAAUGUUCUCUAUUUGCCUAAUGUGUACAUAAAUUCUUAUUUUCGAAUGGUUGUGUAAUGCUGUUAAAAACUUGAAUGAUAUAUUUAAAUGCAUACCUUUACAAAUUCUAAUUCUAAAUAAAACUUAUAUUUACAUAAAUGACUUGGACGUUUGUUAAUC